AUGGACACUCCGGCGAUUCCGGCUCCCAAGGAUGCUCGGGAACGGGAUAUCCUUGAGAGGCUGGUCGCCAUACGAGACCAGCUCUUGUUGCUGAAGCAGGAUCGAACCAAAUACAUCCGCACUCAAGAUGUCAUGGUUCUAUAUGAUCAGACUAUCGAGCAAGUGCGACAACUCAAUGAGGCCCGAAGCAAGGAGCCGGUGGGAGAAAAUCGACUGGACAAGGUCCUGGAUAGCUGCUUCCAGCUGCUGUCGCUAUUCUUCAUGACGAUUGGCCGAACCAGUGAGGCCCCGGCAGCAUAUUCUCUGACAUCGACGAUCAAGCGCUUGCUAGACCAUUUGACGGAGGCCGACCUAUUCUCUGCGAAGGACUUGGAUAGCAUGUCGAAGACCCUGGAUAGACUUUCCGUGACAGUGAAGAAUGCAGGAUCAAAGCACUCGCCACAUCUCAUUGAGCUACUCUCUGACAGAGUAGAUCGGUGCAAGACAGCUCUUUCGAACCUGCGCAGGAGGCUAGACCGGCUUGGAGAUACACUCCCAUCUGUUCACGAGAAACUUAUCUCUAUCCUUCGAUCCAUGUCUUUGGCGAACACGCGAACAAGAUUCUCCGUGUCCGAGGUUCAGAAACUACAAAAUCAGCUCAAAGAUAUUGAUGCGCAACGAGUGGACGGCAAAUUCAUGACAGCAGACGGGCAAGUUGCACCAGGAAGUGACGAGGUAUCCGAGCUGCUGAGGAGAUGUCUCCUCUGGUCAGAUAUAGUGCUGGAAAGAAAGGGAGCAAUUCCAGACAACUGGAGGCCAAUCUAUGAUAUCUUGGUUGGCAUUCGCAACGACCUCGACAAGCUGUCCAUAACACAAGCAUGGUCACUCCGAGAAACAGACCUGUACGAUUUUCAACGACAAUUGGAUAAGAUCGACGAAAGCCGAGUGGAUGGAAACUGGCUGGACGACGAGGGCAAGCCUGCAGAGUUAUAUGUGCAACGGACAUUCCUGUACCUCAUAAGGAGAAGCUACGGAUAUAUCUAUUCGCUCAUGAUCUCAUCCGAGCCUGUGUCUGAAGCUCUGCUACCGAUCUAUAACCAGCUACAGACUUUGAAACGCUGUCUGGUUGAGGUCAAGAACUCAGGAGGAGUUGGCAGUCCAAGAGAGCUGUAUCCGUACAGCAUGAAGCUGAACUCCAUCGACAACAUGAGAGUGGACGGGAAGUUCAUGGUGGGCGAAGACAUUCCUGAAGGACAGGGAAGCGUGACAGAGCUUCUCGAGGAGUGCUUCGAGCUCAACUACGAGCUGAGGCUCGCUGCCGAGGCAGAGCAGGGUGAGAGUUGA